AUGAUAUAUAUAAUAAAACUAUUUUUCAUUAUUAAAAUAUUAAUUUUGUCUGUAAUUUCUUAAAGCAAUAGAAUACAUGACAAUCAUAAAAAAGUAAAUAAACUCAAUGUUUUAUUGCCUUAAAUCUUCCAAGAUCUCGAAUAAAGAGCUCCUCAAUAUAAUUUAGAGGCAAUUAACGGUUGCUACAAAUGGAAGUCUUCUAAUCCAAAAGCACUAGUAGUAUAUGGAAUAAAUGACCAAGAAAAUCCUAAUUGUUAAUCAAAAGCUGUUGUUAAGCUUAAUACUGUAGAGCCUUUUGACAAUAUAAUAUGGAUAGAAGUUACUGAUAAGAAUACAGAAGAUGUUAUUAAAGUAGAAUCGAAAAUAGCGAAAGUUCACAAAAUAGAAAUUUUGACAAAAUUAAGAACCGUAAAUGUUUAAGAUUUGUCUGUUUUGGAAAUUAUUGGAUAUGAUAUUGAAGGAAACUCAUUUUCUUCACUCGAAGGAUUGCAUUUUGAAUGGAAUAUUAUUUAAGAUGAGAAAAUAUUCGAAUUUAUAACUUUUAAAGAAUCGAAAAUUUAAACUACUUAAUUAAGAAAAAAUAUUGAAGAAUCGCAUUUUUAAUCAGAUUUAAUUGUUAUUAAGGCUAUUUAGACUGGAUAAGCAUAAAUUAAUGUGAAAUUAAAAGAAAAAGAAUACAUUUUAAUGUCUUAAAAUAUAAGCCUUUAGGCAAUCGAUAAAUUCGAUAUUUUCCCAAGCAAUAAUUUGUAUUUAUUACCUUAUACUCAUUUACAAUAUUAAUUAAUUUAUUCGAAAAAAUCAAAAGUUGAUAAUAUUAUUGAUCUUUCUUAAGAAAAAUAUGAAUGGAAAAUAGAUGAUUUAUAAGUAGGAAAAGUUAGUUAAAAAGGAGAAUUAUAUACACUUACUAAAUUAUAUUAGGCUACAAAAAUAACAGUGAAACCUAAAAAAGAGGUAAAUUAUUAAGUCACAUCUACAGUAACUGUCGUGGAACCUUUUUUAUUAGAAAUAUUAAUAAAGGAGUUUACAGAUAAUGAUGUUUGGGAAAGAAAUGAUAAAGAAUUCGUCCCUGAAAAAUUUAGGAAUAAAAUUAAUUUAGUAAAAGACAGAGAAUAUUAUAUGAAAAUUGUUAUUUAUGAUAAUAAUAGAAAUCCAAUAAAAUUAACAAAAAAUGUCGAAAUUGAUACAAAAUUAGAUCAAUUAAAAUUCAAAAUUUUAGAAAAGAGAAAUUUUAAUGAAUUUAAAAUAAAACCAGUUCAAUUAGUUCCAUUAACAGAAAUAAGCUCAAAUUUAAUAAAAGUAACAAACCCUUUAGAUAAAUCAAAUGCAUAUUAUCCAAAAGCAGGAAGGGAAAUUAAAAAUUAAAUUGAUGUCUAAAUUGUAAUGCCUGUGAAAUUAUUGAAACCUUCUGAGACUAUUUAUUUACCUAAUUUAAAGAAAUAAGUAUUUAAACUUCAUGUAAUUGGAGGUAGUGGGGAAUAUAAAUGGGAUAGUACAGAUAAUAAUGUAUUUGAGAGUUCUCAGAAUCGUAUUCAUGUGAAAAAAGCGGGUUUUGGUUAGCUUUUUGUAAGUGAUAAAUAUAACGAGAACAAUAAAGAUGUAGUAAAUGUAUAAAUUGUGGAUAUUUGGAAAGUACAGCCUUUGGAAUAAAUGAUGGAAGUGAUUUAAGAUGGAGAAAUAAACACUUUCGGAUCUGCCUUUUUCAAUUCAAUAAAUAAUAAUAAUUUUCCGAAUUUAGAACUUUCAUAUGAACUAAUGUUAGAUGAAAUUCAGUCUCUCAAAAACUCGAAUGAUUAUAUUAGAAAAAUACUACAGUAAUAUGAAAUUAAAGGGUUUUAAGGACUCGAUGAAUACAUAAAAUUGGGACUUAUAACUUAAAAUGAAAUAAAUUAAAUCCAUAAAACUUACAAUAAUUACGGGAUUUGCUCUUAGUUUAAAAUCAAGGCUGAAUAAACAGGAGAACAUACAGGAAAAUUGCAAAUUUGGGAAGGAGAAUAUUAAUAAAUGGAAGAAUAAAAUGUUAGUGUGAAGGUUUUUAAGCCAUUUGAGAGUGUAAUAGAAUAGAAUUACUACUCUUUUUUCAAAAAAGAUGAAGUAGUUAUUUCUAUGAACUCAAAAUAUAAUUGGACUUUUAAUUAUGGACCAUCUUAAUGGGAGAAUUAAAGGAAAAUCAACAUCAGAACUUAAAUUGAAAACAUUUAAGGAAACUCUGAUUGUGAUUAAUUAAAACAUAAUAUUCCUAGUUUUACCACUUAGGGGAAUGUGACUAGAUUUUAUACACUCUAGUGCGGUUUUUGUAGAAAAAGUUAAGAAAAUAUGUUCAUUUCGAGAAUUUUUGUGUAGAAUUAGGCAGAUGAAAAACUACCUAGACCACUUGAAAUGGAAAAUAAUUUAAGAAUAUGGUGUAAUGUGCCACAUUCAUUGUAUAUUUAUCCAUUAUAAGACCUUAUAGAAGGCAAAUUUAAUGAGUGGGAAAAUGCGAAAACAUCAAAGUUUUAGAAUUAUUAUUUGAGGUAAAAUAUGAAGCAUUUCUUCCAUAUUAAUGUCUUUGAUUCCAGAAAUUUACCUUUUUAUGUAUUCUCAAGUUUGAAAAUCGAAUGGAGUUUAAGUACGAUGGCUUGUGGGGAUAUUACGGAACUCUCUUUAUCAGAAAACAAGGAAAAAUGUGAGAAUUUCUCUUAAGAAAUUACUAAAAGCGAUGAAAGUCGCAGAUUGGACCUCAGGGAAUGUACUGGAAGGAUAAACAGUAUUUAAAUGAAGGCUAUUAAUACAUAAUUGGAAGGUAGUUUAGAUUAACAUGCUCCUUUUAAUGUAAAUGAUGAGAUUAUUUUAAAUAUAGCAAAAAAUGUGGAGUGCAUUCCUUAAUAAUUAAACCUUUAUAACAAUAUUUACAAUAAAUAUAAUGUAAAUUUAGUUCAUGGUUCAGGAGUAUUUUCAGUCUCUAAUAAUAGUACAGAAGUUGUGGUUUUCGAAUAAAAAUAAAGGAAUUUAUAAAUUCAACCUUUGAGAAAUGGAGCAAGCAGUUUUGUUGUAAAAGAUUAAUAAUAAAUAGGAAGUGAAGAAAUAGAGUGUAAUAUACAAGUGAGAGAACCUUAAUAAGUUAUUUUGAGGUUAUUGUAAGAUAUUAUACCCAUAGGAGGAAGUACGGAGGCUUUUGUAGAAGUUUUAAAUGAUUAAGGGAAGAAAUAUUCCGAAAAUUAAAUACAAAUAAUGGAUAUUUAUCUCGAAAGUGAUACUUCUGAUGAAGAAUAAACACUUCAAAUUCGUAAAGGGAAAACUGAAAAUGGAGAAGUUUAAAUAUUUAGUAUUAUGGGGAAGAAAAAAGGAAAUUAUAGACUCGUGGCUAGUUUAAAACAUAAUAAUCCAAAUAAUUUUAUGUAUCCAUAGGAAAAUAAAUUAUUUAGUUUGAAAAGUAAUUCAGUAGAUCUGGAAGUUUUCCCUAGUUUAGAAGCUUAUCCUCCUAAAUUAGUAUUACAUUAGCUUUGUUAGACUUCUUUAUAAUUAAUUGGAGGACCCUCAGAUUCUACUAGAGUGAAAUUCUUUACAAGAUUUUUAAAUGAAAAUCAAAAAGUUAUCAGUUUAUAAUAAAUAGAUUCAAAAUUAUAUGAUGUUUAGGCACUUGCAGGUGCUAAAGGUAAAGUAGAUUUGGAAUUUUCGAUUUAAAUUUAGAAUGAAUAAAUGCUUUUGAGCUCAACUAUAGUUCCUGUUUAAGUAGAAGAUAUUGAUGAUGCUAAAAUUUAUGGGAUGAAUGAUAGAAGUUUACAUUUAGGAACUACUGUUAGACUUAUUGCUUAGAUUUUCAUUAAAGGAUAAUAAAUGAGUAUUGGUUUGUGUGCUUUAAAUAUUUAAUGGUAAUCAAAAGUAGAUGGAGUCUUGAAAAUAAGCUAGCCUAGUUAAAACACUGUCAUUGGAAAUUCACCAAGCUUUUAUGCUGUAAAUGCUACUGCGAUUGAUGUAGGAGUUUCCGAAAUAGAACUAAUUAUUAACUUUACAUAAGGAAAUAAUCAUAAAAACUACGUCAAAACAGUUGCUAAAGUUGAUGUUAUUUCACCUGCUUUGGUGCCUUUGCCUACUUAUGUACUAUUGGCAGAUAGAAAGCCUUCUUUUCUUUUAAUACCACCUAAAAGUGGAUAUUUUUUGCCCUUGUAAAAUAUCCAGAGAUAUACAUUUGAGUCUUCGAGUAAUGAAUAAAUAAAAGUGGAUGGAAAUGGAUAUAUUUUAACUGGCGAUAAAAAGGGAAUUUCUGGUCAUGUGAAAGUUUAGAAUAAGUAAAUUCAAUAAGACGUAAUGAGUAUUCAUGUACAUGUAGUGAGUAUAUAUUCUCUCAUAGUGGAAAACUCUCAUUUAGUCUCAUAAAUGCAAAUCGAAGGAGAAUCGCAACAUACUAUAAGAAUGUAAGAUUUUUUAGGUAGAUCUUUCCCUACUUAACUCGAGAAUAUAAAAUUAAAUGUAAAAGUAAGUAAUUCUAAAGUCUUGUCAGCUGUUAUAUAAGAAAAUAGUCUGUUAUAAAUAAGAGCUGUGUCUAGAGGAGUGUCUAUAUGUACAGUCUUCCUUGAAAAUAAUCCACAUAUAUAUGAUACUUUUCUAGUAUCGGUGGAUUCAAUUAUUACACCAGCGUCACCUGUUAAUGUACAUAUUGGAGGAUGGGUUUAGUUUGCCGUUUCUUAAAAUAAUAAGGGAAGUAAUUAAGUGGCAGGAAAAUGGUCUUGUAUUAAUGAAAACGUGGCCCAAAUUGAUCCUUUUUCAGGAAUUGCGAAAGCUAUUUAACAAGGGGAGACUAUUAUAGAAUAUAAUGAUGGAAUUUUUUACAAAUCGAAGGUAUAUGUGAGAUAAAUAGGAGAAAUUGUAUGCAACUCAAAAAAUUUAGUACUCACAAAUUGGAAAAAUGACCCUAAUUAUAAGGAGGAAUAUAGAGUUAUCUUCUAAGCGUAUUUUAAGGACAGAAAUGGGAAUAAGGAAGCUUUGAAUAAUUACAAAGAUUUAAAUGGAAUUAAUAAUAAUCUUAUUUUUACAUGUAAUAUAGAAAAAAAAACUGAUAAAAAAUGGUUUUUGGUAAGUACUGUAGUACACGACGAUCAUAUUGAGUGUUUAGUUAAAUUACAUGAGUAUACGAGCUUGUAUCCGAAUUAAUAUAUGCCAAGUUAGUUGAAUUUAAUUGUUAAAGUGUAAAGUAGAAGCGAAAAUAGUAAUUUUUAGUUUUUUUAGGAAUUCAAGUUUGUUAAUUUAUAUUGGGGUGUUAUUAUACCUGAAAAAAAAAUUUAACUUAAUAGAAACUAUUUUGAUAAAAAUAUUAUUAUUUAAACUAAUAUUUUACCUGAUGUAUCGCUUUAAGGAUAUAGUUCUAAGAAUAUAAUAAGAUCUUAAUAAUUUAAAUAAAAUGAAAAUCUUUAUGAAAUUAAUGUCGUUAUAGAUGAUAAAAAUGAUAAAUUCAAUAAAACUAUUGUUAUUAAACAUCCUAAAAUCUAAUAAAUUGCUAAAAUAGAUAUUUUUUAUGAUCCUAUGGGUGAGUAUUCGAGUACAUCUGAUAAUUCUUAUGAAGAUUAAAAAGAAAGCUUUUGGGAUUUAUACUCUUUGCCUUGGUAUGAUGCUUUUAUAGCUUUGGUUAUUAUUGGAUUAACUACAAUUAUUUUUACAACUGUUUAUUUAUA